GUAUGGAAGCUGUGGUUAGAAAGCCAAUCCCGCGAUAGCUGUUUAGUUUAGCAUAGUCCAGUCCCGUGAUGUCGCUUGUCCGCGUGCCAGUGUUCAACGUGUACUCGACCGGUACCAGUUCGGUACCAGUUAGUCAGUGAUAAUCGAUCUUCCUUCGUGUCGGAUGUGUUUUCUUCGAUUCAGGUCGUUCGACCUCGACCUCUUGAUGGAAUAUUCAAUGUGAAUUGCUCGCUUGUUCCCAACUUCCCAUGUCCUCGAGAUCUCGAUCAAUGGACUUUCCUGUUACACCACUGCUGAACACAGCACGUUUGAACGAACACUCAUCGAGAGGCUAAAACGACUACGUGAUUUUCUCCUUCUCUCUCGGCUGAAGAUAUUCGAUUGGUAAUUCGCUUGACCGAUUACAUUGUUCAGCGGUAUGUGCUAAGUCGUGAGAAAGAAGCCUUCAAUCGAAGAUGGCUUGCAUUAUUCCAGAAUCCAGAAUUUUGAAUAAAACGCUUCUAAGAAAAUAAAAUCGGUUUGAAGAGAGCAGGAAACUGCUGAAUAAGAGAGGAGAGGAGAGAAGAAUAAAAUGGGACAAGCAUGGUGCAAAGAGAAGACUACCAAAGCUCAGGAUUCCAAAUCUCCUCUGGACAGGGUCUUCUUACGUUGUGCUCACAGGAUAUAUCCGAGCUUGAAGGAAGAGGGUUCUGUCUUGGGUGGUGCAACUCAGAGAGUCACGAGUUCUGAAAUAGGAUACGCGGGUUCACCACCAAGAGCAUUGUUGGCCAGAGGAUGCAGCAUAGAUUCAACAGACAGACCAUUUCAUCCAAGCGAAUGGGUGGACGUUAAUCUUGAAGUACCCAACACCCCAAGGGCAAGCACUGCACUCACGAAUUUAACCGUUAACACUAACCUAUAUUCAACUACGACCACGACUUCCAGCUGUCCAAAUUUGAUGGAGAACUCGGUACCUGUUCCUCCUCCGAGAAAAAGGAAGAGGAACAUAGGACGUCCUCUACCACCAAAGCCGGAUGACAUCACCGAGAAUAAUUUCCGGAUCGAGUCUCCGACGUCGAAAGAUGAACCUCUAUAUUCUUCGGUGAAAACGCCAAAGUCUAAAAGUAAUUACUUCGAUUCCGAAGUCUCCGAAACAGAUUCAAAGAGAAAGUUUGAUUCCUUGGAGGAUUCAAAAAGUGGAGGGAAAAAGUCAAAAGAAGUUUUUGAACACAUGGUGAAUGGCAGGGGUUGGAUAAUUCCUUAUGAGACAGCUUCCGGAGGAAGAAGCUUCGUCGAUCAAUGGAACUCCGGAAGCUCCGACUUCAGAACUGAUGGUAAACUUCAGAAAGAGGGUGAAUACGAGAGAUUCUCUAGGAGCCGAUCAAUUCAGGAAGCCUCGACUCCAAACCAUUUCAACAAAGAUUCUGCAUGGAAGCUUGACCAUAUAGCGGAAGCUUUCAAAAGACCAAAUAAUAGCAGCACGGUCAGCUUGCCGAAUUACAAUGAAUUUGAAAUUGCCAGAUGUGGUGGCGCACAUUCAGAAAAUGAGGAAUUGGAAGCAUUCCCUGCAAGACCUGCGCGAAAAUCGAUCACAGGAUCUUUACCUCGCGGGACCAUCUUCCCACAUCCAAAGGAUUUAAAUGAGAUCCAAUCGCAGGACACAGUGGACUUUGACGAUGCAAAGGACCAAGAAGAACCAACAGUAGAUGAAAAAUCCAUUUCCAAAGUCAAUACCUUUCCUGACUCCGGAGGCUCAGACUCCUUGGAGACUAUGAGAGAAUGUUUGAUAACUGGAGACGUAAUGAAGACUUCUACCCCGAUAAAAAAGUUGGUGGAUGAGGUUUCAAAAUUAUCCAGGAAAUUAGAAGAAUCAAGUUCCGCUGACUACAAACCUGCGCUCGACUUAUCUGUAAGUGGUCACGAAGAGAGAAAUAGGCACAUGGGAGAUGACUCGAGGAAUGGUUUAUUCUCAGAAGCAUCUCAUUUACGCAACGAAGUUUUUUACGAGGCUGAAGAAGAUUUUUCCCUACCGGAAGCAGGUAUCGAGACACGUUCCGCUGCCAGAAAUUCCGAUUCUGAAGCUAGGGAUCCGGGUAAGAUCUUGAAGCGAAGCUUGUCCAAUGAGAGCGAACCAUUCGACAGUUUUGAGGAGAAGGAACUUGCCCUCGAUCUUCAGCAAUCCCAAAUUCACAGAACAAUUUCUGAAGAGUCCUUACCUCGGGAGAUGUUGGAAGCUGUAGACAGUGAUCUGGAUAGAGCCGAUGAUGAUCGAGAAGAUGACUUCUUCGAGGAAAAAAUAGUCAAGAAUGUUCUAAACAACAUCACUAAGGAUUCCAGUGACACCAGUGGUAUCAAGGAAUUCCUCAAAACACCUCCACAAAGUCCAGAACCUAAAAUUAUGGCCGAAAUCCUUGGAAAUGAUCAUUCAACCUUACUUAAGGUUCUUCAAGAAGAAGCAGCUACUGCUGCUGAAAGUAAUCUAAGUUCCAUGACCCCUAGCCUCACAGAAUUAGAAGUUGCACUCUCAGAUAUGUUGGAGAAAAGAGACGAGCAAGAAGAUCUUGAAGAUCCUUUCAAUGGAGAGGAUUCUCUCUCGAGAGAAGAUUCUUUAGAGAAAACAGAAGAAGAUUUAAGAUCUAAGUCUACAGAGCCAAGGUCUCCAGAAAAGUUGAUCGAGCCUUGUAUUGUUCCAUUCGAAAAGGGGAGGAAGUUCCAGGAAAAAAAGGAUGAUUUCAAUUCUUGUAAAGAUUCAAAGUUGGAAGUCAGUAAGGAUUCUGGAUUUAAUGGUAACGACCCUGAUGUUUCGAAAGCCUCCCAGGAAAAGGUCAAGAUUGUGGCAGUAGAGUUGAAAGAUGGUUCAAUCAUAAAUAAUACUGAAAAUAAUAAAUCUCCUUUCGUACUGGACAAGGAAAUUUUAAACGAUUCAUCAAAGGGUAAUCUGAAGAGCUAUAAGAUUCUGGGUUUCUCCUUUGAUUCCAAGGAUUCUAAGGACGAAAAUCAUCUUGGAGAUGAGACACCUGAGAAGCCAAGUAGGAUGCACCGGAUCAAUUUGACAGAUUCGAUUGAGAAUGAUGAAGAUGCUCCUACACCUCCUCGGAGAAGACAUCGAAGUGGGUCGAGUAUUCUCAAGGAAAAUGUUUUUAGGGGUACGAAAAAUGGAAGCAGAGAGGAUGAUGAUCCUUAUGCGAAUGACAGGCUUAUUUAGUUUUUAUCACAGUUCAUUCUAGAUGAUCAGGUUGAUUCUGAAAGCUCAAAAUGACAUUUAUACAGAUUUUAGAAUCUUUAUUGGAUAUUUUCUCAUUUGAAUGUCGAGUGUCAGUUGUUCUGCCAUGUCCAAGUCAUGAUCCAUUUAAGAAUUAGAAACCUGACUGUUGGAAGAAAUUUACUACUUUUUUUUUAAAAGAAAAAUUAUUAAUUUCCGAGAAAAAUUUAAAGUAUUUGAAUCUAAAGAAACAAUUUUUAAAGAACAUAAAUUUUAGAACUAUAGAAUAUGGGAAGUUAUCUUCCAAACUGAUAUUUUAAAUUUUCUAAAAUAUUUUAUUUUGGUACGAGGAAGGUGCGAAUCUUCCAAAAGUGAGUUAAAAGUUUACUUUUUUUAUUUGAAAUUAUACUUUUAUAUUUUUUAUUGAGAAUUGAUCUUUUUGGCUUAAAACUUAA